AUGGCGUCUUUGAAUGCCAUCAACAAGAACGCCGUAAUGUUACAAACGGCUCAAGUAUGGAUAGACGGACGGGACCGGGAGCGUCUUGCUCGCUGUCUGUUUGACGGAGGCAGCCAACGUUCAUUCGUCACCGAGCAGCUCUCGCGAGAGCUGAAGUUGGAAGUGAUCGGCGAGGAGGAGGUGACCAUCUAUUCGUUUGGCAGAACAGCCGGUGGAACUACGAGGAAACUUCGGCUAGUGCGACUUUGGUUGCGAAGCCAAUACAGCCGCAAAGAACACUGCUUGGAAGCCCUUGAAAUAGAAAACAUCUGUUCUGACCAGUUGGUCCUUCCAGACAACGUGGUUGACCUUGCUGGCGUGGGAGAGCUAGAAUUAGCCGAUGUAACCUUUCCACCCUUCCUUAAUUCCAAGCGGAAUAUUGAAAUCCUAGUGGGAGCAGAUCAAUAUUGGAAUAUGGUGAGCGGGGAAGUCCGCAAGAUACACGGAUCCUUGGUCGCGCUGAAGACGGACUUUGGCUGGACACUGCAGGGCCCAGUUCCUGAGGUUGCUUCUGUGCUGUCCUGCACUACUGUGGCCGUCUUGAACACUGGCGUCGCAAAACCGACCUUGAGCCUCUCAAACGAACUUCGAGCCUUCUCUCUGGUCAUGGGCCGUUAUAAGGCAAACCUCCCGUGGAAGCCCCUAAAUCGACCCCUAGAGAACAACGAAGCCGUUGCGCUACAGCGUCUGGACAAGUUGGUUCGGCGUUUAAGAGGCAACACCGAAAGACUGACGCAGUACGACUCAGCGAUCCGUAGCUACCUGAAAGAAGGCUUUGCUGAAAAAGUGCCAGCAGGCGAGGUGGACACCACUUGGAAACGAGUUUACUGCACGCCUCAUCGUGCUCGCAGUGACGAUAACAGCCGAGAUGUUAUUUACUCCGCUACCUUCAAGCGUAAGUCUGAGAUGGAGCAGCUGGAUAAAGGCUCUGCAUCAUCUCGAGGACAUUUCGAUUCCUCGUCGCUAUGCUGCAUACGGCGGUCGAACUGA